UCUCAGUGGUGGAAAUGUUGGACACGGGGAGGGUUGACUUACAGAUGACAUUGACGCUAUGUAGACGAGAACGGGGAUUCUGCUCCGUGUAACAUCCCUGGCCGCUGAAGUUAGACGGUGCUGCGAGGUGAAGCUGCUGCCUUUUCGUUGUAUUGUUUCCCCGCUCUGCUCUCCUCUGCUCGACUCUCUCCUUCAGCAUCACAAAGCUAACGGACCGCAUCACUCACACCUUGUUCCUGCUUCCUGCAAACUCACCUUUCCCAUCAGGAUCAUAGUUUAGUUCUGCUUCUCUAUCUCUAUAAAUAUUUGAUUUGGUCUGCCCCGUUAGAAGCGUCAAGAACACAACUUUUAGACGAACGCACGGAUACUAGACCAUCUCCCACAAUUCUGGCUGGCAUAGCAGUUUGAUUGUUCGGUUUCAACUUGCUCGGUGUUCCCGCUCCCCCUCCUGAUUUCCUUCACAUCGGCUGGGUAACGAACCGCGAAGCUGCUGUCUACGUGGACUGGUGGGGUUAAAAUCUUCCGUCCGCCUGCCAGCCUUGCCAGAAAAUCUAAAUCUAAUCAGAGAGACAGAGACAUGGCGACGAAUGGUACAAGAGCCUCGGAUGGACACGUUUUAACGGAGGUGAAUGCGGAGCCUAACGACAAACCCAAAACCUUGGUCGUAAAAGUCCAGAAAAAGGAACUUCCCGAAAGAGAAAACUGGACUGGAAAAUUUGACUUUCUCCUGUCUUGCGUCGGGUACGCAAUUGGACUCGGAAAUGUCUGGAGAUUUCCUUAUCUAUGUGGGAAAAACGGAGGAGGGGCCUUCUUGAUUCCCUACUUUUUGACGCUCAUAUUUGCUGGUAUGCCCCUGUUUCUGCUCGAAACGUCCCUCGGUCAGUACACGUCGAUUGGAGGGCUUGGGGUGUGGAAAUUGGCUCCCAUGUUCAAAGGUGUUGGUCUGGCCGCUGCAGUGCUUUCUUUCUGGCUAAACAUCUACUAUAUUGUUAUCAUUGCCUGGGCCAUUUACUAUCUGUGGUCCUCCUUGACUACUGAGCUACCAUGGCAAUCAUGUGGAAAUUCUUGGAAUACAGAGCAGUGUUACACCAAUUACAGCAUCCUGAACACUGCCAACCUCACCAGCGCCGUUCAGGAAUUCUGGGAACGUAACAUGCACCAGUUGACAGAUGGUCUGGAGAAGCCUGGGGAGAUCAGAGCGCCUCUAGCCAUCACGCUGGCCAUCGCCUGGGUCCUCGUUUAUUUCUGUAUCUGGAAAGGUGUCGCCUGGACCGGCAAGGUGGUGUACUUCUCAGCAACGUACCCCUACUUCAUGCUCUUCAUCCUCUUCUGCCGCGGCAUCACUCUCCCCGGAGCCAUCGAUGGAAUCCUCUUCUAUAUCACGCCCAACUUUGAAAAGCUCAAGGAAUCAGAGGUGUGGUUGGACGCUGCCACUCAGAUCUUCUUCUCCUAUGGGCUGGGGCUGGGAUCACUGAUCGCUCUGGGAAGCUACAACCCCUUCAAUAAUAAUGUUUACAGAGAUUCUGUCAUUGUGUGCUGCAUCAACUCGUUCACCAGCAUGUUCGCUGGCUUGGUCAUCUUCUCCAUUGUGGGCUUCAUGGCCAACGUGACUAAGAGACCUAUAAUAGAAGUAGCAGCCUCAGGACCAGGCUUGGCGUUCUUGGCCUACCCCGAGGCAGUAACCCAGCUGCCGAUCUCUCCUCUCUGGGCCAUCCUCUUCUUCUCCAUGCUACUGAUGCUGGGAAUCGACAGUCAGUUCUGCACGGUGGAGGGGUUCAUCACUGCGUUGGUGGAUGAGUUCCCCAGGGCUCUGAGAGGAAGAAGAGAACUCUUCAUCGCUGCCGUCUGCCUGGUGUCUUACAUCAUCGGCCUGUCCAACAUCACACAGGGUGGUCUAUAUGUGUUCAAGCUGUUUGACUACUACUCUGCCAGUGGCAUGUGCCUGCUCUUCCUGGUCUUCUUCGAGUGCGUCUCCAUAUCCUGGUUCUACGGUGCUGAUAAGUUCCUUGCCAACAUUGAGGAGAUGAUUGGCUUUAGGCCCUGCCUGUGGUGGAAACUGUGUUGGGUCGUCUUCACUCCUCUCAUCGUGGCUGGAGUGUUCCUGUUCAGUGCUGUCCAGAUGGUCCCUCUCACCAUGAACAACUAUGUGUUCCCCGCCUGGGGCCAGGGAGUGGGCUGGUGCAUGGCCUUGUCCUCCAUGCUCCUGAUACCUGGAUACAUGGUCUACAUGUUCCUCAACCUCAAGGGGGAUUACAAAGAGCGUCUGCGGAUAAUGAUUCAACCUCCGAUGAUGGUGAAAGGAGAACGCCAGGAGAACGGCCCUGAGCAGACACCGGCAGCAGCCGCUGAAGAGGCUUACAUCUAAACCCUGUUCUGUUCAUCCCGUCUCCGAGGCCAACUCUCUGCUGAAAACAACGUAAUCAAGGUGAAGCGCAACCAAGGGAUGCACCCCAAAUGGCAUCCUAUUCUAUAUAUAUAGUGCACUACUUUAGACCAGGACUACUACCUAUAUAGGCCCUGGUAAAAAGUAGUGCACUACAUAGGAAAUAGGGUGCCAUUUGAGACGCAGGGAAGAACUUCCAUGUCUGAUAUCUAAUCACCUACCUCCAGGGGAAACAUGUGACCAACCUGAUUACAAUUUACUUUUCUUUUUUUUUGUUUAUAUUUUAUUUUAUUUUUGUUUGUUUGUCAAAAGAAAAACAAGAAAGACAAACUACCCAGCUGUUAUUGUGAUAGUUUGUAUUUCAUAUGCAAAAAUGUUAGUCUUUCUCAGAUUGUUAGCUAGCAAAUUACCAUAAUUUGAAUUACAAUUUACAUUUGGAGGCCCAAUGUAAUUCAACACUACCGUGCUAAUUUAAGAUAUUAACUUCAUUAAUGUAUUUUUAAAAAUGUUAUUGUAAACAGAGUCGUCCGUAGCCAGGGUCUGAUUUGUAGUGAGUCCGGACAGAGA